AGAGAGAGAGAAAAUGAUGCCAACAAUGAUGCCAUCGUUUUAUUUGGAACAGAUGGUGCCGUCGAUUUCAUCUUCCUCUUCUUCUUCUUCUUCUUCGCCGGCGGCGAGUGUUUUAGUCGAGAAGGCCACGAGCUACCUUCUCAUCGAUCCCGACUGGACUCUCAACAUGGAGAUUUGUGAUUCCAUAAAUUCCAGCGACCGGGUGGCAAAAGAUGUUGUGAAAGCUGUGAAGAAAAGGUUGCAGCAUAAGAACCCUAACGUCCCCUUACUUGCCUUGACGCUUCUGGAGACAAUGGUAAAGAAUUGCGGGCAUGAUGUGCAUCUUCAAAUUGCUGAUAAGGAUAUACUGAAGGAGAUGAUCAAAAUAGUGAAGAAGAAGAAGACAGAUAUGCAUGUAAGGGACAAAAUCUUGGUGCUCCUAGAUUCAUGGCAAGAAGCAUUUGGUGGCCCGGAAGGAAUAUAUCCACAAUAUUGCAGGGCAUAUGAGGAACUAAAAUUUGCUGGGGUACUAUUUCCCCAGCGUUCACCGGACACAGCUCCAAUUUUUACACCACCUGUUUCCACUUCAACUCCGAGACACGCCCAAUCAGGUUAUGGUAUGCCAAUCAAGUCUUCAACUUGCCUUGAUGAAGCCGUGGCAGCUGAUAUGGAAAACCUAAGUUUGUCAAGCAUAAAUUCUAUCCGGAGUGUUCUGGAUUUCUUAGCUGACAUGCUGCAAGCUGUGAAUCCAAGUGACAGUGCAUCUGUAAAAGGCGAAAUAAUAGUUGAUCUUGUCAACCAGUGUCGUUCCAACCACAAGAGGCUGUUGCAAAUGUCGACUAAAACUGGGGAUGAGGAACUUCUUAGACAGGGUCUUGAGCUAAAUGAUAGGCUGCAAAGUGUGCUCGCAAAGCACGAUGCUAUAGCUUCCGGUUCCCCAUUGCCAACUCAAGCUACCAAUUCCAAUCCUGGUUCAGCUGUUGAGUCCAGCCUCAAACAUGCAGAUGUUAAAGAACUGAGCCGAAAACCGGAUGCUAGUCCCUCUCUACCAUUGCUAAUAGAACUGUAGUAUAGCUCCAUUUCUCAGUAUGCUUGUACGUGAUGUGAGUAGGAUACGUGCUACUACCCUCAGCACCAUUUCAAUGUUAGGGCAAUGUGAAAGGAAGAAUAAGAGAGAAAACAAGCUAUAAAGAGCUCAAUAGUUAGAACUUUUUUAUUAAAGUUAAUGGAGAUUGAUUGUAUGUCCACUGUGAACAUAAAGCUAUCAAUCAUUUAUGUAGUGCCACUGCCAGUCCAUCAUGGAAGACUUUAAGGGGGUUUUUUUUUUUUUUUUUUUUUGGGGGGGGUGGCCCCUUUCUGCAAUGAGUGUUGUACCAAAAGCAGUAAUGAUUUUGUCUUAUCAAAACUUGGCCAGGGAAGUGUGAAACAUUAAUGAGAAAAGAAUACUGGUAUUCUUUUUC